GCGGCGGCGGGCUCGGCGGCGGCGUGACAGUGACGCCCCCAGUUCAGUGUCCUUCACGGAAUCGCUAAGCAUGCAUUCGAUGCCCUCAUCUGGAUCUGUGACAGAACAGAUUAAGCAGGCUUAUUGCAGGAGUGACCAGGACAUCACCUUCUGGAAGUAAUGCCCACAGAAAGCGGGAGUUGUUCAACUGCUCGCCAGGCAAAACAGAAACGCAAAUCUCAUAGCCUUUCUAUACGAAGAACUAACAGCUCGGAGCAGGAGAGGACGGGCCUGCCAAGAGAAAUGUUAGAAGGACAGGAUUCUAAACUGCCUUCCUCAGUUCGCAGUACGCUUCUGGAACUGUUUGGACAAAUAGAAAGGGAAUUUGAAAACCUUUAUAUUGAAAACUUAGAACUGCGUAGAGAAAUCGAGACUCUUAAUGAACGUUUGGCUGCUGAAGGACAAGCAGUCGAUGGGGCAGAACUGAGUAAGGGCCAACUGAAAACAAAAGCCAGUCACAGUACCAGCCAGCUUUCUCAGAAGCUGAAGACCACUUACAAGGCCUCCACCAGCAAGAUCGUCUCCAGCUUCAAGACCACCACGUCGAGGGCUGUGUGCCAGCUUGUGAAGGAGUACAUCGGUCACAGGGAUGGCAUCUGGGAUGUCAGUGUGGCGAGGACACAGCCUGUGGUGCUGGGGACUGCAUCUGCUGAUCACACGGCUUUGCUGUGGAGCAUAGAGACAGGGAGGUGCCUCGUCAAGUACACAGGCCACGUGGGUUCAGUAAAUUCUAUAAAAUUUCAUCCGUCAGAGCAGUUGGCUCUCACUGCUUCUGGAGAUCAGACUGCUCACAUUUGGAGAUAUGCAGUUCAACUGCCGACACCUCAGCCCGUUGCCGACACUAGUCAGCAGAUGUGUGGUGAAGACGAAGUGGAGUGCUCCGAUAAAGACGAGCCCGAUGCAGACGGAGAUGUGUCCAGUGACUGUCCUACCAUCCGGGUGCCACUUACAUCUCUUAAGAGCCACCAGGGAGUGGUCAUAGCCGCCGACUGGCUUGUUGGGGGAAAGCAGGCGGUGACGGCCUCCUGGGACAGAACGGCGAAUCUGUACGACGUGGAGACGUCAGAGCUUGUUCACUCUCUGACAGGGCAUGACCAGGAGCUCACGCACUGUUGCACACACCCCACCCAGCGGCUCGUGGUGACCUCCUCCCGUGACACGACUUUCCGUCUUUGGGAUUUCAGGGACCCUUCCAUCCACUCCGUGAAUGUUUUCCAGGGCCACACGGACACUGUGACCUCUGCCGUGUUCACUGUGGGAGAUAAUGUCGUGUCAGGCAGUGACGACCGCACCGUGAAGGUCUGGGAUUUAAAAAAUAUGAGAUCUCCCAUUGCGACAAUUCGUACAGACUCUGCCAUCAACAGGAUCAAUGUAUGUGUUGGCCAAAAAAUCAUUGCCCUCCCACACGACAACCGACAAGUGAGAUUGUUUGAUAUGUCGGGUGUGCGGCUAGCGCGGCUCCCCCGCAGCAGUCGGCAGGGCCACAGAAGAAUGGUGUGCUGCUCGGCAUGGAGUGAGGACCACCCCGUGUGCAAUCUGUUCACCUGCGGGUUUGACAGGCAAGCUAUUGGCUGGAACAUAAACAUCCCUGCAUUGUUACAAGAGAAAUAAGGUCGCCGGCGCUCCUUGGUCUCAUAGUUUGCCAUGGACCUGAGACUGGGGCAGGAUUUUUUCAUAUCGAUCAGCCAUUUUUGUGAGACUUGGACCCUGAAAAGGGUGAUUUGUGUAUGUUCUUUUCACAUUGUACCCCGCUUGCAUGAAAUGUACAGAAAAAUGUGUGGUCAUAUUUUUUGUUGUCAUCUUGUGUGUGUGUUGGCGUCCUCUGGUCAGUAGAGAUGAAGCCCCCUUCAUGUAGCACGCUGCGUGUUGUGAGUUACUGGCAUUUGACAGAUGACAGGAGGGCAUUACAUUUGCGUGAGUUAAAUGUGAACCUGUGUACUUACUGUGAGGUGUAAGUAUCUGUUGCGUUGCUGGAAUAAUUAUACAUAUCUACCUUGUACUGGGAAGAUUGCAGAGCUGCAUUUGCGUUGGCUAAUGAAUGGCAGGAAUGAUCAAAGAUUUCAUGUUUACUUCUGUAUGAAGUUUUGGCAUGUGCUAUCUUGUAAUUCAACUUCAACUCUAUAUUCUAUUAUAGUUCUGUAAAAUUAACCUGGAGUCUAGAAGUUAAAGAAAAUAGCAUAGAAUGUUGAGUUUCCAACAUUCAGAGAGUUUCUUUUGAAAAGAAAAAGUUUCUGCUCUUUUUAUAGAAAAUCAUUUCAAUCUUCUGAGGUCUCGUACUAGCAAAUUCUAAAAAAUAUAAUGAUCCCAAUCACUGAUUUCAGAUAUUAAGCAAAGUUUAAAGCACUUUAGUUUAUAGCUAUUGUUAUAAACAGUUUUUAGACGUUUCAAAUGACUUAUCCAUUGAAUGUGACUUGACCUUUUUAAGAAGCCCCUGCUACCUGAAAACAAAACCUUAUUUAUUUUCAACACCUUUGGUUUGCAUAUUUCUAAAUGGGUUCACUUCCUAGGUGGUAAUUGAGAGCCAACAAUGCAAAUAAAUGAGUACUACCUCAAAAAUAAAUGUUUUUGGAAAACUUGGGAGUUUCACUGUUGCCUAGCUAAAGCACUUUUGACUUAUAGCUGGAAUACGGAAUUCAGUUCAGAAGGCAAGAAAGACAAUCACAGCAAAUGUAUCCGGAAGAUGCAAGGCUCUUUGGUUAGCUAACAAGGCGGUAGCCGAAUCGAUGGUUUGCAGGUAAGAAGACGCUCUUGCCACAGCACCCAGGGCACCUCCCACUGCCCGAGUGAGCCAUUGCUCCCGCCUUCCUAGGAGCCGCUAUUUUCUGAUGUUUGUGAAUUCAUGUUUCUUGUUGAGUUAGGGUUUUGAUAAAAGCAUCUCAGUGUUCUUCCCCUCAUGGUUUUAAUCUUUCAGCAUGACCGCUUGGAGACUAGCCCGUUGGAGAGGCACAAGAAGGUAACAUUGAAAACCAUCGUGGGUGACCCGCAUUCUCUGUUUCCUGUGCUGGGGUGACACAGGGACUGGAGCUGGCAGCUGGUGGAGUGCCAUUUGGUGAGGGGUAGUAUAAGCAGAGUGUGCCGGCUGUCUUUCGGUGGAGUGUCCUGAGUGAAGGCGCCUCCUUAGUGGCUCCUUUUGCUCAGGUCCUGUAGUAGCAGAUCAUAGGAACUUCACCCUGAAUCAUUCACAAUGAUUCUGAAAUGCUUCCUACUGCCUGGAAGGGAAGACAGGACCAGGAAAAACCAGUGAUGACAUAGUACAGAGUUGAGGUUGCUAACUAAAGGACAAACAGCAGAUAUUUUAGAGGAACUUUAUUUUCACAGCUCAAGCAUUUGUUGUAUUUUUAAAGUCUGACAGUCCCCUGACCACACUGUUUGAAAACGAAGUCAGGCCUGUCACUGAGGGGGGAUAGGACGUCAAGUGGCAGCCCCUGCUCUCCUGAGUGGUCUCAGGGUGAGGUGUUGGUUGCCACGUCCCCUCUACUGCACCACGCCCCCAAGGCGUGAGCACAGACGACUUUGGAAUGAUAAGCUGCACAGCCACGCUCUUGGGUUCCUUUUGUGUUGUAAUUUGAAUGUCUGGGUGUCUUAGAAUCCUUGUUAGGAAUAUUGAAGAACAUAUACAGAUAGCUAAAUCAAACUUAAGAACCACAUCUCUGCUAGAUUAAAAACAUUCGAAGCUUUUAAAUCUGUACUUGUGAUGGCCGUUUAGUUCUGUGCAGACUAGUGCCCUUCAUGACUGGCAGCUGCUAAACUUUUCUGGCUAACUGGAGGAGCCGACCUCCUCACUCGUCUUGUCUCCACCAGGGUGGAAGGCCUCAUGGUGCUCAGGUGAGUUCUCAGGAGCAGGACACGCCACUACUAACUACUGCAUCGUCCUCUGACGUGGUUCCAUCCAGCUGCUGCUGUGGCUAUAGUGGUGGUGUUUUCAGAAGUCAUGAAGAAGAUUAGGGAUAGUGAGUGUGUGUGCCCGUGUGAUGUGCGUGUGUGUGGCUGAAAUUGUCAUGUGUUCAGCCACAUGUGGUCUCAUCUGAAAUAGUGUUUGGAAAUGGGAGUGGUUUUGUCCUAUAUGCUGACAUGUCCAGAAUUUCAUUUAAUAAUGGAAGGAAAAUGUGUGGUUACUGAAAAACGUGUAUUGAUGGAGAAUUUCAUAAGACAUACGCUGUUGGACAAGGCAACGCUCUUUUUCUCAACCACUGCACAUCAGUUUCUGUAGAGUCAAAAAUUCUGUACAUAUUUUGGAAUCUGAAGAAUCCUAUGUAAAUCAUUUGUUGCUUAAAUCUGUGAAAAACAAGUUUCUUUGGGGGGAAAAAUAUGCAUUUAUAAGUGUUGUGUAGAAGCAAGUGUUUUUAUUGUAUUGAUGUAAUUGUUUUUAAGUGUUCAAUGUCUUCAUUGCAAUAUGAAAUUCAUUAAAAAUCUAUGUUCCGUAA